AUGGGUCUUCUUACUCUGUUGAGGAAGCUGAAGCGCAAUGAUAAGGAGCCACGUAUUCUUAUUCUUGGAUUGGACAACGCUGGCAAAACCUCUAUUCUCCGCAAGCUUUCAGAUGAAGAUCCAACCACGACUCAGGCCACACAGGGUUUCAAUAUCAAAUCUAUCAAUUGUGAGGGCUUUAAGCUAAAUAUGUGGGAUAUUGGCGGCCAAAAGGCAAUUCGAGCAUACUGGCCUAACUACUUCGAUGAAGUGGACUGCCUCAUAUAUGUUGUGGACUCCGCGGACAAGCGCCGUUUAAGCGAGACUGCCGCCGAGCUUGAAACUCUUCUUCAAGAGGAGAAGCUGCGAGAAGCUCCUUUCCUUGUUUUUGCCAAUAAGUGUGAUCUGGCAACUGCUUUGUCUCCUGAAGACGUCAGCACUGCUUUGAACUUACAGAGCCUUCGUGAUCGUACGUGGUCUAUUCAGAAAUGCAGCGCGAAAACCGGAGAGGGUCUCAACGAGGGUCUGGAAUGGGCUGUGAAGAAUCUGAAGAAGUAG